AUGCACAGGUCAACGAAAAGUUUAAGUCCAGGCCAAGAAGAUGAGGUUUCCAGCAUUGAUGCACAGCUAGAUUAUGUGAACAAAGUGCUGAAAUGGAGUAUAGUUGACCUGGACAGAUUCAUUUAUUCUCUCAAAGCCAGGUUAACCGCAGAGGAUGCGUACAUGCAAGCACUGAUCAAAAUAACAAAAACCAGCUACAACCCUGAGAAUCCACUGAAUACAGCAAAUAGUACACCCACAGAGAAGCAUAAUUACUUUGGCGACUACACAACGACAUUUCAGCAAACCACAAUGCAGUACGAAAACUCGAUAGAAAAGACAAUCGAGCUGAGACGUGAUUUUAUAGCCUGUUUAAAAAGCCAAAUAGAGCUUUUGAGCAAAGUAAAAGAAUCGCAUGAACAAAGAAGAAAAAAAGUAAAGGCUGUGCUUGGAGAGAAGAAUACAAAUUACAUUACAUUCCGUACUCGAGACAUUGUCAAGUUGCAUAAAUCGUAUGUCAACAAAUGUAUGGAAUACGCUAGUCUGCAGCAGCAAAUUUUGAUAUCAUCUCAUGAGGACAGUAACUCUGUGGACCACCAUUCAAGCCCCCAAAUGGCUAGAAUUUCGACAGACGAACCAAGGUUAUCCAACGACAGUGGUUCCACUAUCAAAGGAGACGACAAUCACUCGAUAGCAUCUUCCUCUUACCAAGACUCCUCGCUCAAUCCCAACAAAAAGAACAGCAUGGCUGGAUUUAUCACCCAAAUGAGAUCGCAGCUUGCCAACGCUGCUGCUGCUGGAGAUCCAUCAAAGCAGACUGCAAGAUCAGCAAAGUUGAAAAAGGACAUUUCAGAUACUGACCACGAAUAUAGACAAGGCAUUCGCAUCUUGGAGUUUUUGCGCAAGAAGCAGGUGGAAACUGCAGUCCAUGCAAUGAGGCAUGUGGAAGCAAUACUUUUGGGCAAAUCAGAUGCUGUGAAGGCUGUGAUGGUGACACUCUGCAAGCAUGAAGAAGAUACUCUGCUGAAACAAGUCGAUCUGGUAAAACGCUCGUUGGAUGUCGUUCAUCAUAUGGAUGGCAAAAAGGACACUGACCAAUUUCUAUCGGAAUACGAGAAAUUGGCAUUCAUCAAACCAAAGCCAAUUUAUUACGACAAUUAUUACUAUGGGCCUUGUAAAGAGAUUUUGUUUGGAUCCAAUCUGAAUGAAUACGCUACAGAGCAUCAACGCACUGUGCCUUUAUUGGUGACAAAAUGCAUAGAGGCUGUUGAAAUACAAGGCGGAUUGGAAAAGGAGGGUAUCUACAGAAUAUCUGGCAGACAAAGCAGUAUAGAUCAACUCAAGAAUGAAUUUGAACGAGAUGAGGAAGCCGUGAAAUUGGAAUCAAAAGAUGUGUUUAUCAUUGCAGCCGUGCUGAAGGUCUAUUUGAGAGAGCUGAAGCAGCCUCUGUUCAAUUUGAGCAUGGAGGAUCGCAUUGAAUAUUCAAAAAUCAAGGAUGAUGUGCAAAGAAAAGCGAUGCUACAGACUAAACUAUCAGAGCUAUCAAAGCCUCAAAGAGAUACACUCGAAGCAGUAAUAGCACAUCUGGCAAAGGUCGAAGGCUGUUCGCAUGUCAACAAAAUGACGAUGAAGAAUCUAUCUGUUAUAUUCACACCUGCUUUAUUUCACGAUCAUAAUCAAGCAGAAAAUAGUGGUGAAUGGUAUUCUGAUAAGGUUCUGGAAGAUCUCAUUUUGCAGCAUGACACAUUGUUUGAAAAUGCAGAAAAACAACAGCUGCAAAUGGAGCAGCAGCAGCACCAACAGCAGCCAAUGAAUGCAUCUCCCAGUGCUAGCGUAUUGAGUUUGCCUUUUUCAGUUGGAGUUGUAGGCAGAAAAUCAACCAUCACUAGACGUCCAGCCGUCUUGAAGACACCAUCCAGCAUACCAAAUUUCCAUAAUACUACAACUAUUAAUACAAAUAACAGCCCUAUACAAUAG